AUGGCGACACCCUUCCUCUCUCUCCCCGGCGAGAUCCGCAACCAGAUCUACACACGCCUCCUAGUCAGCCCCAAGCCUCUAAAUUACUUGUUCAGCAAGCAAGGCGUGGCACCCAACAUCCUAUACACGAACAAGAUCAUCCACGAUGAGGCGCGAUCAAUCCUCUACGGGUGCAACUGGGUCGACUUCACGGGCGGCUAUCUUGCGACGCUGGACUUCCUCCGGCGCAUCGGCCGCGACAAUGCGGUACUCAUACAGUCUAUCCGGAUCUUUUUCCCUGCUUUUCCGGUCGGGGAAAUGUUCAAGGAUGACGGCGGCGGCGACAGCAGUGGGGAGGUAGUCACACGUGAUAAUAUCCAACCGAAGAUGAUGAGCUUCCUUGCGAGCCACGGGGUUAGCCCGCGAAGGAUCACGACGACGUGGCAGAGUUCGGCGGGGUUGGUGAGACAGCUUGAUUCUCUUCCAGGUGGUGCGGCUGCUGUUGAUGAGAAAUUGGCGCUUGUUGAUGCGCGGUUUAGACUGGGCGAGUCGGUUCCCAGGGAUAUUGUCGUGGAGGUAUACCAUAAUGACAUUAGUAAGGAUGUUGAGAGGGCGAUGGAGAGGUUUGGUUGGAAGGUUCGGAGGAUCGUGCGGUAUUUUACGUCGGAUGAGGACAAGGAGGAUGCCUUGAAGGCCAUUGCACGUGGAGAGUACUUCUACCCCUCAGAUAUAUAG